ACGAACAUCUAUCCGCACUCGCACUCACCGUAUACAUUAUUUCAUUAUUUAUAUCAUCUGUACGCAUGUUAUUAGUGGAAACUUUACACUUAUAACAUGCGUUAUUUACACUGUAAAGGAUCGACUCCCAGCAUUUUCUUCCUCACGUUUGGAGCUUUGUUGUGACGAAUCCAAACAGGAAGUGCUCCUCCUGUUGCGGGUGACUGCGGGAGCGAAGGCCAGAGAGAGGGAGAGGCUGAAUCCUACUUGCUGCUGUCAAACAGGUCUCUAACCAUGGAAGUGGAUCUCAGUGGAGUGUCGAGGGCUCAUGUUUCCAUUCUACCUUCAGCUGAGAUCAAAGCUACGUUGAAAGCGGAAGCAGAAAGACCUCGUUGCGCCAGCACGCCAUGCUCCCCCAUCAGAGGUACUGUAGCAGGAUACCAGAUCCUCCACAUGGACUCAAACUAUCUAGUGGGCUUCACAACUGGUGAGGAGCUGCUCAAACUGGCCCACAAAUGGUCGGAAAACUCCCCUGAAAAGAGUUUGUUAUCAGAGGCUGUGGCCAGUCCCAUCCAGACGAGUGUCGCUAAAUCUUUAGAUGUGGGAAUCCAUCGGUCGUCAAGGAUCUUUAAGGCCAAAAAUCGCUACUACCAGCCUUACGACAUUCCUGCUGCUAAUGGUCGGAGAAGGCGGCGCAUGCCCAGCUCGAGUGACACCUUCCUCAGGUCUAUGACUACAGGAGAACAUGGCAGGGGUGUGCACGCACCGCUGCCCCUGUGUCGGCUUAAAGGGAAGAGGACCCAGUCCAAGUCUUUGGACUACCUUAACCUUGACAAAAUCACUAUCAAAGAGUCAUCAGACACAGAGGUGUUACAGUACCAACUGCAGCACCUCACCCUGCGGGGAGAGCGCAUGUUCACUAGAAAUAAAACUUAAAGGCACAGAAGAUGACAUCAUUUAGACGUCUUUCACACUGGUAGUGGGAUAUGGGUGCUAUUUCCAGCUCAGUUUCUGUGCGCUCAGAUGAGAAACAGUUCUUUAAUAAGACGGCCUGAUAAUUGUGCUCUCUUAUUAACUGGGAUUAAACCCUGCACUGAAAAAGUAACGUUGAAGAGAAGCCUUUUAGUACUCGCACUGUAUUGAGAUAAUGGGGGUCAAAAUGUGAAUGAUAUCUUAGCAAUAACUGGUUUACUUACUGUAUUUAUUACAGCUGAUACAUGCACAUAUCACAGUGUAUCAGCUUUAAAUUACAAUCAUGCCAGUUUUACUGCCUAAUGUCAUCUAUAAAACUUGUUUAAUGUGUGAUCUUUGUUUUGAUAUGACUCCUGGGACUACUGUAAAAUUAACAUGACAAACCACAUCUGUUCUAUUUGUUUUAGAUACUUUGUCUAUUUAAUCGUGUCAUUUAAUAAUUGUGUUUUUAAAUUGAUUCCCCCAAAGAUGUUUAAAGGUUUUGUGCUACACUAUACAGAAUUCAACUAACCACUGCUUGAAUGUUGUGUGUUAAAAAAGCCUGUUCAUCCUCAAACAGAUAAUAAUCAAAAUAAAUGAAUUUGUAAUAAAACUA